CCUCGCUCCCUGCUUCUGCCUGGCUUCCCGGCUUAAUUUUCCUCGGCGGGAUUAAAGUUGGAAAUUGAGCGGAGAAUUGAGUUGCCCGGGAACAGAGCCGCGGCCGCCGCCAGAGCGAUGUUCCCGCAGAGCCGGCACCCGACGCCGCACCAGGCUGCAGGCCAGCCGUUCAAGUUCACUAUUCCGGAGUCCCUGGACCGGAUUAAAGAGGAAUUCCAGUUCCUGCAGGCGCAGUAUCACAGUCUUAAAUUGGAAUGUGAGAAACUGGCAAGUGAAAAGACAGAAAUGCAGAGGCACUAUGUGAUGUAUUAUGAAAUGUCAUAUGGAUUAAACAUAGAAAUGCAUAAACAGACUGAGAUCGCCAAGAGAUUGAAUACGAUUUGUGCACAAGUCAUCCCAUUUCUGUCUCAGGAACAUCAACAACAGGUGGCCCAGGCUGUGGAACGUGCCAAACAGGUGACCAUGGCAGAGCUGAAUGCCAUCAUCGGGGUACGUGGCCUACCAGGUCUACCUCCUACACAGCAGCAGUUGCAAGCUCAGCAUCUUUCUCACGGCCAUGGACCUCCAGUGCCCCUCACACCGCACCCUUCGGGACUUCAGCCUCCUGGAAUCCCGCCCCUCGGCGGCAGUGCUGGCCUUCUGGCGCUGUCUAGUGCUCUGAGUGGGCAGUCUCACUUGGCAAUUAAAGAUGACAAGAAGCACCAUGAUGCAGAGCACCACAGAGACAGAGAACCGGGCACAAGUAAUUCCCUCUUGGUCCCAGACAGUCUGAGAGGCACAGAUAAACGCAGAAAUGGACCUGAGUUUUCCAAUGACAUCAAAAAAAGAAAGGUGGACGAUAAAGACUCCAGCCACUAUGACAGCGAUGGUGACAAAAGCGAUGACAACUUAGUUGUGGACGUAUCUAAUGAGGACCCCUCAUCUCCGCGAGCCAGCCCCGCCCACUCCCCCAGGGAAAACGGGAUCGACAAGACCCGCCUGCUGAAGAAGGACGCUUCCAGCAGCCCGGCGUCCACGGCCUCCUCGGGAAGUUCCACCUCUUUGAAAUCCAAAGAAAUGAGCUUGCAUGAAAAAGCCAGCACGCCCGUUCUGAAAUCCAGCACACCGACGCCGCGGAGCGACAUGCCAACGCCAGGCACCAGCGCCACUCCAGGCCUCCGUCCAGGCCUCGGCAAGCCUCCAGCCAUGGACCCCCUCGUUAACCAAGCGGCGGCCGGCCUGCGGACGCCCCUGGCGGUGCCCGGCCCAUACCCUGCGCCCUUCGGGAUGGUGCCGCACGCGGGCAUGAACGGCGAGCUGACCAGCCCCGGCGCCGCCUACGCCAGCCUCCACAACAUGUCACCGCAGAUGAGCGCGGCCGCCGCCGCCGCCGCCGUGGUGGCCUACGGGCGCUCCCCGAUGGUUGGGUUUGAUCCUCCUCCUCACAUGCGUGUACCUACGAUCCCUCCAAACCUGGCAGGAAUCCCUGGAGGGAAACCUGCAUACUCCUUCCACGUCACUGCAGAUGGUCAGAUGCAGCCUGUCCCUUUCCCCCCCGACGCCCUCAUCGGCCCCGGCAUCCCCCGACACGCUCGCCAGAUCAACACCCUGAACCACGGGGAGGUGGUGUGCGCCGUGACCAUCAGCAACCCCACGAGACACGUGUACACGGGAGGGAAGGGCUGCGUCAAGGUCUGGGACAUCAGCCACCCCGGCAACAAGAGCCCUGUCUCUCAGCUCGACUGUCUGAACAGGGAUAACUACAUCCGUUCCUGCAAAUUGCUCCCCGAUGGCUGCACUCUCAUAGUGGGAGGGGAAGCCAGCACUCUGUCCAUCUGGGACCUGGCGGCUCCCACCCCGCGCAUCAAGGCAGAGCUCACGUCCUCGGCCCCUGCCUGCUAUGCCCUGGCCAUCAGCCCCGACUCCAAGGUCUGCUUCUCGUGCUGCAGCGACGGCAACAUCGCCGUGUGGGACCUGCACAACCAGACGCUGGUGAGGCAAUUCCAGGGCCACACAGACGGGGCCAGCUGUAUUGACAUUUCUAACGAUGGCACCAAGCUCUGGACGGGCGGCUUGGACAACACGGUCCGGUCGUGGGACCUGCGCGAAGGGCGGCAGCUGCAGCAGCACGACUUCACCUCGCAGAUAUUCUCCCUUGGUUACUGCCCGACUGGGGAGUGGCUGGCCGUGGGCAUGGAGAGCAGCAACGUGGAAGUUCUCCACGUGAACAAGCCCGACAAGUACCAGCUGCAUCUCCACGAGAGCUGCGUGCUGUCCCUGAAAUUCGCGUAUUGUGGUAAAUGGUUUGUGAGUACUGGAAAAGAUAACCUCCUCAAUGCUUGGCGGACCCCCUAUGGAGCUAGUAUAUUCCAGUCCAAAGAGUCCUCGUCUGUGCUCAGCUGUGACAUCUCUGUGGAUGAUAAAUACAUAGUCACUGGCUCAGGGGACAAGAAAGCCACCGUCUAUGAAGUCAUCUACUGAAAACAUUACGUGGUUUAACGUUUAUAGUUGAAUUGGGCCAAAACGUUUUAAAUUUGUAGAAAUAGAAAAGUUGUAACUUUAAAAAACACAAAAACCUGUUUCCAAACUUUGACACAAAACUACUUUGCGUCUACAAAGAAGAGGCGACAAACACAUCAACAGAAAAAGUCACCUAUCUACCUAGACCAGGUGGAGCACCGAGGCGGGUGGACAGAGGGGCGAGGGUUGCGGGCUCAAGGAACCGAGCCUGCUGCCCACGCAGAGUCCAUCCUUUUCCUUCUGUGUCAUCUGCCGGGACGACCUUUCUGUUCCUUGCGGUUCCCCUCCUGUCCACCUGUGGUAGCGCAGUGGUGUCUCCAAUGAAUUUGUUCCCUGGUUUUGCAUCUUGUGAAAUGUUUUUUUGUAUUUUUGUUGAAGGUUAAACAUUUGUAUAAAUUGUAAAUAUAUUUGGUUUAUUACAGUAAAGGCUUUAGUACCAAUAA